AUGCUGAAACAGGAGAGAAGAAAGAGGGAGAGAGAAGGCAGAACCAGACGGGCUGACACAUUCGGGCAGCACAAAUAAUGGGUCCGGUCGACGGAAUCGGGCUGAUGAAAUCUUGACCGGCCCCACGGCGAUCUUAGGACGGUCCACAGCGCGAUCGAGGAAGACGACCCCGCUGGGCAUGUGAAGAUACACGCGUCCGCUCGCGACUGCGCCGGGGGGGGAGGGUAGGGAUGGUUUGGCGCGCACGUCAGAAGCCGGCGGGCGAGGGGCCCUCGGGCCCGCCGCGGACGGAGCCCAUAAGCUUUCAUCAGAUAGGGUUUCCGAUCAAUCGUCCGGAGCGUCGUGUAAACACCAGUGAUAGAUUUGAAGAGGUGGUGGGAGAAAGAGAGGGUCAAACUGGGAGGGUGGCUGGGAAGAGUCCAGAGGGAAUAUGAUGGGAGAAGAUUGAGGUGAUCUGGGCGACGGAGCUUUCUGGGUGGGGGAACCGAACGACAGCGCGGCGUACGCGUAGCCAGGGAGACCCCCGGAGGCGGCGCGAGAGCGUGGGCGCUGGGAUUGUUGUUUUGCCGCCGCGCCCACGCCGCGUCCUCUUCGGGGCAAACCGGUGCCGAGAGCCCCACGUCUAUUGCCCCGGGAGGGAAUACCCUGUGGGGCACCUAUGCUACACGGGUUGGUCGGCAAGGGCUUCGUCCCUCGCAGAGCCUCUCAAAACGUCGCCAUUUAA